CCGUGGUUGAGCUGCGCCCCGUUGCUCCCAGCGCCUGAUGCGGAUCUUCGUGAACGACGACCGCCACGUGAUGGCGAAGCACAGCGCCGUGUACCCGACGCAGGAGGAGCUGGAGGCGGUGCAGAACAUGGUGUCCCACACCGAGCGCGCGCUCAAGGCCGUCUCCGAUUGGAUCGACGAGCAGGAGAAGGUCGGCGGCGGGGAGCAGCCCGAGGCCGAGGCCAUGGAGACGGCGGCGGAGGAGGAGAACAAGGAGGGGGGGUAAGGACGUGGCUUCACCACGAAGAUGUGAUGUGCGGCGUUGGGUUCCCCAAGAUGUUCAGCGUGGGGUUCCCUGAGUUGUUCAGUGUUGGGUUCCCUGUGAUGUUCAGCCCUGGUUUCCCUA